GUCCAAGUUGCCAUUUUUGUGAGAGCCAGUGAGAGAAGCCCAGGCAGCAGGAAAAUUGCUGUGACAAACAAAAAAUCGACUCUUUCCAGCCCACUUUGAUACCGUCCAAACUCUUGUUCUCUUUUUUUCACACUAUUACCGUCAUUCAAACUAUACGCACCUUUUAUUCUACCCUUCAACAUUCCCGAGAUCGCCAUUUUAACCUUUCAUUUUACCUGGUAAGCCAUUGCAUCCUUUUGUCUUAGCGCCCUUGGUCACUGCCCACUCCUCUACACAACACCCCCCACCCUUUUUUAAAAAUCACCGUCUGCUACGCGGAUGACCUUUCAUGUCCUUCUCGUGCCCACUACCAUGUUCAUAUCUUGUCUUCUAAUUGUUGUUCACUCACCAGGUCACUUCAUUCUUUAGAUUCCCUCUAUUGCCAUCAACCCAAGUUGCCCCUAAAGGAUUCCUCCUGUUAUGACAAGUACAGCAACUUCUACCAAAAGAACAAGACCGGAUAACUGGGAAGCCGAGUUUUAUAAGAAUGGGUAUCCGAAAGAAGUCAUUGUUAUUGAAGAUACACCCACUCCGCCACCAGAAGACAAACUUCAACACACUGUCCACUUACCACCUGCCACCACCACCACCACGGCAGACGCAGCCAAGGGUUCAACCGUCACACAGGAUCCAUCAUCCCAAUAUUAUCUUCCACCACCAUCUGCCUCAACACGGUCCAAACGGGCCCGCAAAGUCGCCAACAAUAACGGAGAUGCCCAAGUUGUCUUGGCCGUCAAAAAUGGGGCCUCGACCAAUACCGCCAAAAGGCGACGAAAAGAAAACGGCCAAUCACUGAAUGUUUUAAAUCAGGUGUCUUAUCCAACCUAUUAUUCCGCCGCCAGCCAGCUCUACCCUCCCAUUGCCAACCAUCCUCCCACCCCAGAACCUUAUGACGAUAAAGAUGGUCAUUAUAUUAUUCGGCCCAACGAAUCCCUGACCCCGCGCUAUAAAAUGAUGCGGUUGCUGGGUCAAGGCACUUUUGGCAAAGUCGUUGAAUGUUAUGAUCGGGUGCGAAGGACCUUUUGUGCGGUCAAGAUCAUUCGUGCCAUUCCUAAAUACAGGGAUGCCAGCAAAAUCGAAAUUCGCGUACUCAAUACCUUGAAAGAACAUGAUCCUUUGAACCUCAACAAAUGUAUUCAUUUAUUGGAAUGGUUUGAUUAUCGUAACCAUAUUUGCAUGGUCUUCGAAUUGCUGGGCCAGUCUGUCUUUGAUUUUUUGAAAUCCAACGAGUUUCAUCCCUUCCCGUCCGGCCAUAUCCAGCAGUUUGCGAAACAAUUGCUGACCAGUGUCGCAUUUGUACACGAUCUCAAGUUAAUACACACGGAUUUGAAACCCGAGAAUAUCUUGCUGGUGAAUCACUACAGUCGUGAAACCCCUUCCAUGAAUGGCAAGCGAGCGGGUUGUGAUAAGAUUCUUCAAAGUACAGAGAUUCGAUUGAUCGACUUUGGAUCGGCUACUUUUGAAAACGACUAUCAUUCAUCCGUGGUUUCCACACGACAUUACAGAGCACCGGAAAUUAUCUUGGGCAUGGGCUGGUCCUAUCCAUGUGAUAUCUGGUCCAUUGGUUGUAUCCUCGUGGAAUUCUUCACAGGCGACGCUUUAUUUCAAACCCACGAUAACCUUGAACAUUUAGCCAUGAUGGAAGUCGUUCUCGGCCGAUUACCACCUAGAAUAAUCAAAUCUGCAAGCCGUGAUGCUCAGAAUUUCUUCAAAGACUAUCGCCUCAAAUACCCUAAUGCUUCGACGACACGACAGAGUCAGAAAUAUGUACAAGCCCUCAAAUCAUUGGAUAAAAUUAUUACGCCCCCUUCGACUCUGAACCGUUAUUUUCUGGACCUGUUGCAGAAAAUGCUGGUGUAUGAUCCCGCCCAACGUAUUACAGCCCGAGAAGCAUUACGGCAUCCUUUCUUCCAUGUGUCAGUGGAUGAUCAAGGUCGCGAACUAGUAGAAGGGUAGAAAAUAGGCCACUCGUUCUCACCGGAUUCACUCUUUUUUUUUUCUUUUUUCACACUUUUUUUCUCUUCUGCUUACAAGUUUCUCUUUUUGCCUUUUUACAGUUUUCUUUAAUUCUUUAUAUUUUGUUGUUGUUGCGUGUAUAUCAUUUUUUUCCCAUAUCAUAUUUACUUCAUCAUUAAUGGUUUUUUCUUCCGCUUCUUUAUCUUUCUUUUCCUGUGACUCUCUAUACUAUUACUUCUCUUUUUUGUUCUCCCAGCAUCUUCAUUAUCAUCCAUUAAAGAACCGAAUCCCACGAUGUGUGUACAGCAUUGAUAAAAUACCUCGU